AUGGCCAUCAUUCAAUCCAUCCUGUCUGUCAUUCAAACAAUUUUCUGCAGCGGUCCCGCCCACCUUCUGUGCUACUCAGCUCUUCUCGGAACAGAGCUGUACCAAUCCUUCGUCAACACCAAAAUAUGCUUCCUCGUCCUCCCAAGGAAACCCUUCACCGCUCUGCAGGCGAGGGUCUUUCCGGUUUAUUUCCGCAUCCAGUCCCUCCUCCUCCUCCUCUUGGCUGUCACUGCUCCCUCCCGUGGGCUCCUGUCUCUCAUUGAACGCAAGUCUAACUGGGUCCCACUACUGGUUGGCACUUGCACGGCGGCACUGAAUCUCUUUGUAUUUGGCCCUCGCACCUCCAGAGCCAUGGUCAGUAUUGAUCAGCAAGGUACAGCGACGGCUAAUGCCCAAACCGAGCCAAGCGAGAGACAGCCGCUUAACCAAGAAAAAGCCGUUUUGCGGAAGAUAUUCAGCAAAAAUCAUGCUAUGAGCAUCCACCUCAAUCUAAUCACAAUAAUAGCUACCCUUUGGUAUGGCUGGGGGCUUUCUACUAAACUCGCUACGUGA